GUCUUUAAUUAGCUUAGCCGGGGAACAGAAAUUGAAUGUUUGUUUUGCAGUGAUAAAGCGACACGCUAGCAACAAAUAGUGACCGAGAAAAACACACAUUUUUAGGGUUAGUGGUAGCAAUGUUUGUGAAAAAAAACUAUAGAUGUAGUUUUGACGAUUUUUGCGUUAAGCGCACAAAAUAUUUAUUAUUAUUUUUGUUACUCCCGUUUGAUUUUACUCCAACGUUUGACCGGCUCACGAAACUUGGGUGCAGGCGUGUGUAAUAAGAAGAGUGGAGGCACAAUGUUGAACGCCACGAAUGGCGACCCUGGUCAUGUUGUUGUCAAUUAUGUGGAAGAGUACUUGGACCUGGUGGAGUCACUCCCCUUUGAUUUGCAGAGGAGUGUGUCCCUCAUGAAGGAAAUUGAUGCCAGAUAUCAAGACGUUCUGAAGGAGCUCGAGGAUGCGUACGAGCGGUAUCACAAGGAAUCGGAUUCACCUCAGAGGCGCAAGCUGCAGGUGUCCAUCCAGAGGGCGCUGAUCCGCAGUCAGGAGCUCGGAGAUGAGAAGAUUCAGAUUGCUGGACAAAUGGUGGAGCUGGUGGAGAACCGAACUCGACAGUUAGAUUGGCAUUCCGCACUCCUCGUCUCCUCCCAAGAAGCGCCAGAGAGUCACAUCGCCACGCCAGCAUCCUUGGUGACUGCAGCAGCGUCCAUGAUCUCGUCGUCCUCGUCUUCGUCCACCGCCACGCCGAGUAAAACGAGCCACCAUGACAAGAAGCGCGACGAGGUCACGCCGAGCUCGGCGGGAGGAGACAAAGCCGGCGGCAAGCGCUCCAGGCGGCAGAAGAACGGCGAGAGCAGGGAGAGCUACGGCGCCCUGGACGCCGCAGAGGACGUCGGUGCCGGGGCAUCCCGGGAGAAGAGGGCCAAGACCUCAUCUAAGAAGAAGAAGAGGUCCAAGGGAAAGUCUGAGCGGGAGGUGUCGCCGCCGGACCUGCCCAUUGACCCCGACGAGCCCACGUACUGCCUGUGCGAGCAGGUUUCGUACGGCGAGAUGAUCGGCUGCGACAAUGACGAGUGUCCCAUCGAGUGGUUCCACUUCUCCUGCGUGGGCCUCCAUCACAAGCCCAAAGGCAAGUGGUACUGCCCAAAGUGUCGCGGCGAGAAUGAGAAGACCAUGGACAAAGCCUUGGAGAGGGCCAAGAAGGAACGGGCGUACAACAGGUAGCCACCCCUGGCCCUCCAAGAACACUUCGACAAUUUUAGCAUUAUUAUUACCACUAGCUUUUGUCUGUGUUAUUGCUGGAUAGUUCUGUAAAUAGUUAUUUUUCUAAGACUGCCUCCUACUUGUCCGGACAUUGUUCUGAAGCAGGGGUGGGGAACCUGUUUUAUUUGACCUCUUGAGGGCCAUCCAAAAUUGAGGGUU